GAGAAAUAUAGAAUCAUUUCCUCACCCUCAAAAUGUCCAACAAGGUUCACGUUGGAAGCACUGAGAUGGACGAAGGUUUGAGAAAGUGGAAAGUGUUCGAACCUUCCGAGAAAAUCAAGAAGAUUCCGAAAAGGAUUUGGGAUGUCGGAAAAGAAGAUCCAAGAAGGGUAAUACAUGCCCUUAAAGUAGGUAUUUCCUUGACACUUGUCUCUUUGUUAUAUCUCAUGGAGCCUCUCUUCAAAAACAUUGGGAGCAAUGCGAUUUGGGCUGUCAUGACCGUCGUUGUCGUUCUCGAGUUCUCUGCCGGUGCAACGUUGUGCAAAGGGCUUAAUAGAGGAUUAGGAACACUAAUAGCGGGAUCCUUGGCAUUUUUCAUUGAGUUUGUCGCUAAUGAUUCCGGCAAAGUUCUUCGAGCUAUCUUCAUUGGCACUGCUGUUUUUAUCAUUGGAGCGGCUGCAACAUAUAUAAGAUUUAUACCGUAUAUAAAGAAGAAUUAUGAUUAUGGUGUUGUGAUAUUUCUCUUGACGUUCAAUCUCAUAACGGUUUCGAGCUAUAGAGUAGACAGUGUGAUAAACAUAGCACACGAUAGAUUCUACACUAUAGCUAUCGGUUGCGGAAUAUGUCUUUUCAUGAGCCUUCUUGUUUUUCCUAUUUGGUCCGGUGAAGAUCUACACAAGACCACCGUCGGUAAACUCCAAGGCCUCUCUCGCUCUAUAGAAGCAUGUGUGAGUGAGUACUUUGAGGAAAAAGAGAAAGAAACAUCAGAUUCAAAAGACAGAAUCUAUGAAGGGUAUCAAGCUGUUUUGGAUUCUAAAUCCAUCGAUGAAACACUUGCAUUAUAUGCAAAUUGGGAACCAAGACACACGAGACGAUGUCAUAGAUUCCCAUGCCAACAAUAUGUUAAAGUUGGAGCUGUUCUUCGUCGGUUUGGUUACACUGUUGUUGCUCUUCAUGGUUGCUUACAAACUGAGAUACAAACUCCAAGAUCUGUUCGCGCUCUUUUCAAAGAUCCUUGUGUAAGAUUAGCCGGAGAAGUAUGCAAAGCUUUGUCGGAACUCGCCGAUAGCAUCUCAAACCACCGUCACUGUUCGCCAGAGAUUCUCUCCGACCAUCUCCACGUGGCACUCCAAGACCUUAACUCCGCCAUCAAGUCUCAGCCUAAACUCUUCCUCGGCUCCAAUCUCCACCGUCACAAUAAUAAACACCAAAACGCCGUUUCGCAGCGCAACCGUGAAAACGACGUUUCAAACAAAACUGCAGAGACGGGUUCACGUCAAGGCCAAAGCGGUGCCGUUUCGCUGUCGAGCUUCAGGACGGACACGUCAGCUUUGAUGGAGUACCGGAGAUCGUUCAAAAACAAUAAUAGGUCCGAGACGUCAGCGGCGGGGGCAGCGGGAGAGAGGAGGAUGUUACGGCCGCAGCUGAGCAAAAUCGCGGUGAUGACUAGCCUUGAAUUCUCGGAGGCUUUGCCCUUCGCAGCGUUUGCGUCGUUACUUGUGGAAAUGGUGGCGAGGCUUGAUAAUGUAAUCGAGGAAGUGGAGGAAUUGGGAAGGAUCGCAUGUUUUAAAGAGUAUGAUCCAACGGCUGACGAUGUCCGGUCCGAAAAACCGGCUAAUGUUGUGAUCAGUGUCGGCGCCGCGGAAUAAGUUUUUCUAUUUUAUUUAUCCGGUCGGUAUAAAGAAUCGAUUAUACGGUUCGGCAUGAUUCGGUUUGUCCAUCAUGGUAAAUAAGAAUCAAACCUUUUCGUGUUUUCGUUUGCAGAAGUUACUAACUAGAAAGAGUAACAUUAAAG